AUGGAUUAUGAACUGUGUGAAAAUUUUAAUACAGUAAUUGAAGAAUAUCCCGAUGAAUUAAAUAAUUCUGAUGGAAAUCGUUUUUAUAGGAUAUCGGGUAUUGAUGCAUACUGCUUUGAUGAAGGAUCAGGGAAACCAGAAUGUAAGACUGAGCUCGAUAAAAUAAAUGCUUUAUGCUUAUGGUUUCUCAAUGAAAAUAUUGCUUAUAGGAUUAAAGAUUUAAGUAAAGAAAAAAUUAAUGUGUUUAUUAUAUACAUUAUGAUAUGGUUAAAUUAUAUGUUAAACCUAAAGAAAGAUGACAAAACCAACCUAAAUAAUUUGUAUACUAAACAUAUAGAAAAGGAUGCGAAUUAUACUAAAUGUAAACGUCAUAGUAAAGAUUGUAAUAGUACAUUAAAAGAAAACACGGGAUAUAAUAAUUUUAAGGAAAUCAUGGUUGAAAGAAAGGAUUUGUUGAACAUUAAUUAUGAAGAUAUAUCUAAAUUUUAUGAAGCAUUUAAAUUAUUAUGUAAAAUUCCUACUGAGAAUGAUGAAGACAAUCUAGAAUGCACGAAAUAUUUGGAAUAUGCAAAUGACAUUGUUGAAAAAUUUAAAAAACUUAAUGAAAAUUCUAGUGCUACUGGAAACACUUCAUAUAAUCAAGUAUGGUCUACUUUAUCAACUGAUUAUGAUAGUUUUAAAAAUAAAUAUAAUGGUAUUAAUUGUAUGAAUAUUCCAUCGCUUCCAUCGAUAAAAACAACACAACAUCACGUACAAAGUUCUGAUGUUACAUCAUCAAGCUUUUCGAUAGUAAAAAAAUUAAUUCUAGCUUUAUCAAUAUUCAGUGCAAUAACAAUCUUUUUGGGAAUUUUUUAUAAGUGUUCGUUAUUUGUAUUACGGAAAAGAGAUAAAAAACAACAUUUAAGAGAAAAGCUAAAAAAUAUAAAGAAGAGAAUGAAUCAUUAA